AUGUGGAGCAACCGUUGCUCGAUUUUUGUCCUGGCGCUGCUGAUCGCCGGCAGUGCGGGAAAAGUGUUCGGCCGAUUGCCAAGAAUCCUGCCGGAAGCCUUGGCCGAAGGCGAUGAAGGUGUCGUCGUGCGCGGAGACUGUGAAUUUAAGGUCAACGGUGAUCUGAAUGAUCCCGCUCCGCUAUUUUCGCGUCACAAUUCCUAUGAAAUCAUCGUUCCCGAUCCCACGGAUACUGUGCGUCUUGUGAAUGGCGAACUCCUUGAUAUGUUCUGCCCGGGAGUGGGUUUUGCGGCACCAUUCGACAACCGAACACGGGUGACGGCUCAGUGUCUGCAGAACAAGUACUUCCUGGUCGAUGAUCUCAUCUAUCCUUUUGCAAACUUUUCCUGCACCCAGUGGGCCACUUUUACGGCUCUUCGAACGGGAGAGGACUGCAACGGUGGCACGGAUCUCGUGAAGGUGGGCUUCGAGGUGGAGGAUGGCGGCUUCCUGAAGACCUACGAACUCUGCCACGAUGCCGAGGCGGAGGCCACGCGAUAUGUGCACCACGUGCUCUAUCCCUCGAGCUAUGACUAUCAGCACGGAGUGGCGAGACCCAGUUUCAUUGAACUCGACUUCUAUGGCGGACGGGAUGUGAACACAAAGUACACUCAGGUGCAGCAGAACAUAACCAUCAGUGGAAUACUCGGCAUGGACGCCUCACCGUUCUUCAACUACUCCGAUGAUCGGAUCCUGGCCCGGGGACAUAUGAUUGCCAAGACGGACACUAUCUUUGGGGCUGCCCAAAUGUCGACGUUCUUGUUUAUCAACGUGGCUCCGCAGUGGCAGACCUUCAACGGCGGCAACUGGGAGAAGGUGGAAACCAGUGUUCGCAAGUUCGUGGCCGAUCGUAAUCUCACCGCUGAUUGCUAUACGGGCACUUACGGAAUUUCCACUUUGCCGGACGUGAAUGGUGUGGAGAGGGAACUUUAUCUGGACUUUGAUGAGAACAAUAAUGGUUUGAUUCCCGUGCCCAAUUUCUACUACCGUGUUGUGAUCGAUCAAGAGAGUCGAGAGGGCAUCGUCCUCAUUGGCAUUAACAAUCCUUAUUUAACUUUGAUGCAAAUCCUGAAAGACUACAUUCUGUGCGAGGAUAUUGGCCAUCAGCUAAGCUGGUUGAGUUGGUACAAGGAGGAUCUGCACGAAGGUUAUUCAUAUGCCUGCACAGUGGAGGAUUUUAUUAAGGUAGUAAAGGACUUGCCUCUGGAUGAUCUAUAUACAAACGGUGUCCUUGGGCUGGAUGAUGUUACCACAGUGGCACCCUCGAGUACCACAGAAGAACCUAGCACGAGUUCGGAUCUCCCGAGUACAGAUUCUUCCACAACCACAGAGCCUGCAACGACUCCUAGUUCUACAACAGUUGCUUCUACAACUGAGGAAUCCACUACUGAGGAGUCUACGACAGAAUCAAGCUCAUCUAGUGCUUUGCCUACCACUGUUUCAUCGACAACUGAAGAAUCCAGCACCACGACUGAAGAACCCAGUUCCUCCACAACUACUCCCACUGAAGAGCCAAGUUCCUCCACAUCUACUUCCACUGAAGAACCAAGUUCCUCCACAGUCACUCCCACUGAAGAGCCGUCUUCAACCUCUUCGACUUCAUCCACAACUUCAAGUCCCCCAGUAACCACUCCAAAUCCCAUUGCCAAUCCCUGCAAGUUCAGCGUCAAUGGCGACCUCAAGGAUCCCGCACCGCUCUUGACUCCGCAAGGAGCUCUUAGCUGGUUGUUGCCCGACGAGAGUGGCGUCUACACCGUUGAAGAAGGAUCCUCCAUUGAUCUUCACUGCACUGGAGCUCUGAUCUCGCCCUUCAAUCGAUAUACCGCUCUGACAGCUCGGUGCAUUGGAAAUCAGUUGUAUGAGGCAGAGGGUCAGCAGGUUGGCAUUCGCGGCUUUGUGUGCCAGAGUUGGCCCACCUAUGAGGCAGUGCGAUCCGGGGAGACCUGCGAGGGCGGCACUGACCUCGUCCAGAUUGGUUUCGAUGUAGCCGCUGGCUUCCUUAGCCACCUAGAGAUCUGCUAUGAUCAGCAGGAGCAGAUCUCGCGAUAUGCUCGCUAUGAACUGACGCCAGCCAAUGUGGCUUACCAGCGGGGAGUGGCCCAGCCGGGUUAUCUUCGCGGCGACUUCUAUACUGGCGAAGAUGUCAACGUUCUUUACGGUCAGCCGCGUCAGUUGGAGUCAUUCAAUGACGCCCUGGGCCUGGAUGCCAGUCAGUACUUCGAUAGCUCCAAGGAUCUCUACUUGACCCGUGGACAGCUGGCCGCUCGCCAAGAUUUCGUCCACAGCUCUGCUCAGAGGGCUACGCACUUCUAUGUGAACGCUGUUCCUCAGUGGAGGAGCACAAACAUUGGCAAUUGGCUCGCUGUGGAGUCCAGUCUGCGGCAGUUUGUGGCUAACCAAGGUCUGAAUGUUAGUGUCCAUGCUGGCAGCUACGGCAUCGCUACGUUGCCAAACUCCCAAGGAGUCCAGACAGAGCUCUAUUUGAAUAGUGAAACCAAGCAGCUCCCAGUGCCUAGGAUUCUCUACCGCCUUGUUAUUGACCAGGCUACACGAGAGGGUGUGGUUCUCAUUGUGGUCAACAAUCCACACAUAACUCUGGCCCAAACCCUGGACGAUUAUGUGGUCUGUGAGGAUGUGGGUGCCCAAUUGGAUUGGUUGGACUGGGACAAGACUGACAUCUCGAAGGGCUACUCAUACGCCUGUGCUGUGGAUGACUUUAUUAAGAUAGUGAAGGACUUACCCCUGGAUCAACUAGAAACCACUGGCGUUCUGGGACUGUCCAGCCGGGAUUUGGAGGAUGAAGUGUGCAGCUUCCAGGUUAACGGAGGAGAUCUGAAAGAUCCGGCACCGCUCUUUGUUGUAAGAAAUGAGCUGGGUCAUGCCAGGUACUUGGAGCCCAAUCACGAAGGCGUGGUGCAGUUGAAGCAUGGGGAGGCCUUGGAAUUUCACUGCAUCAAGGACUUUACUGGAACCUUUGCGGGCUACACAUUUGUGAAUUCCACCUGCUGGCAGCAGCAGAGCUUCCUGGCCAUGGGCAGUCUAUAUCAGCUCCAGGACUUUGUGUGCACCUCCUGGCCAACGUAUACGGCUCGACGCACCAAUCGACCAUGCAAUGGAGGCACUGAUCUUCUGGAAGUAGGUUUCCAGCUUUCGGCCACCUCCUCGGAUGACUUCCUGCAGAUGUACGAUGUGUGCCACAAUGAACUUUCGGAGGUUACUCGUUAUGUGCAUCACGUCCUCUAUCCGGGAAGCGCUCAGUACCAACGAUCGGUGUCCAGGCCGACCUUCAUACCCGGCGACUUUUACAACGGCAAGGAUGUGAACAAGAUGUACACCCAAAUCCAGCAAAAUAUCACUGUCUCGGAGAUCCUGGGCAUGGAUGCUUCACCCUACUUCGACAUCAGCAGCAAUGUCUACUUGGCUCGGGGCCACCUUUCGGCCAAAACGGACUUUGUCUUCGGUGCCGCUCAGCAGGCCACCUUCUUCUUUGUGAACGUGGCUCCCCAGUGGCAGACCUUCAAUGCCGGCAACUGGGAACGGGUCGAGGAUAGUGUGAGGAAAUUUGUGGCCGAUGAGAACAUCACCGCGGACUGCUACACGGGUACUUGGGGUGUGUCCACCCUGCCCGAUGUGAAUGGCGUCGUGAGGGAGCUGUAUCUGGACUUUGAUGAGAAUAACAAUGGAUUGAUUCCAAUUCCCAAGCUGUACUACCGCGUGGUCAGGGAUCGAGCCAGCAAAAAGGGAAUCGUUUUGAUUGGAGUGAACAAUCCUCAUGCCGAUUUGGAGCAAAUUGCGAGGGAGUACCUUAUCUGUGAGGAUAUUGGUGAUAAACUGACUUGGGUCAGUUGGACCAAGGAGGAUCUGAAGAAGGGAUACUCCUACGCCUGCACCGUGGAAGAUUUCACGGCUGUGGUUAAGGAUCUGCCACUGGAAGAUCUGGAGGUGGAGGGAGUGCUGGGUAUUCAAGACUAGAAGAAUGUGCUAUAAAUAACGAAUUUCCUAAUUUAAAACCAAUAAAAAUAUAACCUA